UGACUGCUUUUGUUUCUAAGCUCCUGCUGAGCUGUCCAUAGUACCUACUUCCCUCCAAACCCACCAGAGAGGCAGAGAGAUGCAAAUUGGCCUCUGGGGUGGGGUGAGGAAAGCGGCUGCUUAAGGAGUCGGCAUUCCCACUGGCAGGGGGAGGAGUUGCUCACACACCUUGGGAUGAGGAAGGAGGGUGUGAAUCACUUUUCUAGAGCGCAGCAGCAGACGAAUGGAGAGAAAGGGAGAACUGAGGACAUAUCUGAAAAUCCAAAACAAAACAAGCCAGCCUUGUUUUUGCUUCAGCUGAACAACUGAAGGGUGGUCCGCAGUAUGAGAGGCCCCGAGGAUCUCUCCUGCUCCCCAGUCGCCUUAAGGGGCAGCCCGAUGGACCUGGCCCAGGCAGGGUCAAAGUGCUUGCACAAGCUCGGACCUUCUGCAAGGAACUCAAAAAAUCCCAGCAGCCUCUACCGAAAGUCUGUCAAGCCACUGAUUGAGAAACGCCGGAGGGCACGCAUCAAUGCCAGCCUGGAACAGUUGAGGAAGCUACUUCAGCAGACCCCAGAUCAACAGAACACUAGAGUUUUGUCACGGCUGGAGAAAGCGGAGAUUCUGGAGAUGACCGUAGAGCAGCUCCACAGGCUGAAGCAGCAAGCUGCUGCCGUUUCUCCUUCUCAAGACAGCCGGGAUUUUGCUGCUGGUUACCGCCACUGCAUCAAUACUGUCAGCAGCUUCCUGAGUUCAGCUGGCUCCUCUUUGAGUCAGGAUAUCAAGUCUCGGAUCCUGCAGCAGUUGGAAGAAACUCCAGGAGCCAAGCCUUCCAUUGCACCAGCUCUAUUUUCCAGAGUCUGGCAACCACCCAAAACAGACUCUUUCUCCUUCUCGGAGUCUUCCUUUUCAUGGGCAUCUCAUUCUCUGCCUCCUCCAAUGCCUGCACGGCCUCCUCCUCCUCAUUCAGACUUCCACACUAUUACUGUGGAGUCUUCAUCACGUCCCCCUCCAGCAUCUACAUUACCUGUGUGUUGGACUCAGCAAACCUCCCCCACUACUACCAGCACCACCCUUAUGUGGAGACCUUGGUGAAUGUGGCCUCACUCAAGAUGGCCAGCCAGGACAGAACAUGUAUAAAGCUAAGCAGAGUUGCCUUGUGGAGACAUGAUGCACCUACCAUACCAAACCUCUAGCCUUAAGGAUUCAGCCAUAUAUGGAGACGAUGAACCCUUCUUGGGCUCUUGAGGCACAGCAGGCUUCCCUGUCUGAUGCUUUGAAAUCUGCCCCCAACCCUGCAGCUCAGUUACCUGAAGCAGGAUUAGAGCAAGCCAGCGGAAAGCCCAGCAGUAAGCCGUAUAAGAGCCAUGCGCUGCUCUAGGAAACGGUGGACAUGGUCAAAGGCAGGAGGGGAAAGAGCCAGUGACCUUUGCUUAGAAGAAUCUAUUGGCUGUUCUGAUCAAUAUUGCUUGAUCCCUGCUUGCUAAGUGCCAUCACUGAAGCAAUAUAUGCCUGCCAGAGCUACUUUUGCAUUUUGUGCGGGAGAUUCUUUGCUGGGGGUUAAGCUUGAUGCCUUUUAAUAAACAUAUAUGAA